AUGGCAGCCUCAGCAUUUGCGAUUCCAAGCACUGAAUUGUUGCAGACAUGGGCCACCGGCAAGGUCGCCAUAGUCACAGGUGGCGCACUGGGCAUAGGUUUUGCAGUUGCCCAGCUGUUUACAAGUGCUGGUGCAAAAGUGGUUAUUGCCGACAUUGACGACGAGGUUGGCAAAGAAUCGGAGAAGAAACUUGGCGAGAAUGCUCUAUUUGUGCGGUGCGAUGUGACAUCCUGGGCCGAUCAAGUCCAUCUCUUCAAGCUUGUAGCCUCAACCUUCAAGCGGAUAGACCUGGUUGUCUGCAAUGCUGGUAUUAAUCCCGAGCUGAUGCCGUCCAACGGCAAAAUGUACGACUUCCUCGUCGACGAAUAUCAGCCAGCAAACCCGGAGCUCCUCCAGCCUCCAGCCACCAAGAUCUUUGACGUCAAUGUUUUCGGCGUCUUGUACAACAUCAGGCUUGCUAUGCGCUAUAUGAUUGCAAAUAAGAAUGGUGGUCGCAUCGUGGUAAUAGGCUCUACGGCGUCAUACACGGGCUAUGACGACCACGCUCUAUACUGCUCCUCAAAACACGCAAUACUGGGACUGGUCCGAGCGACUUCCCUGAGGAAAGAAUGCAUCGAUAAUGACAUUUCAAUUUCUCUUGUCGCGCCUUCGAUCACACAAACCAGGAUGACGCAGGCAAUCAUAGACAGCCUUCCAGUUGAAGUUCCCGUCAGCUCCCCAGGUGACGUCGCUUCGGCGGUGGCUAUUCUUGCGACAGAGCCCGUGGAAAAGGUUCGAGGAAAGAGUCUUUGGGUGCAGGGCCAAACAUAUACCGAGGUGGAGGAUAUCAUCCAGGGGUGCCAGAAGAAAUUGUUAAUUUAG